AAAGAAGUCCGUCUUAACUUCACAACAGCAACCAAACAUGAAUUCUUCUCUUCCCUUCCACAUUGUCUUUUUGUUUUUUAUCUGUUUUUGCACCAGAAUUUCCGUACAAGAUUACGAUAACCUUCAUGACACUUGCCCAACGUCUACAACAGGAAAACAAACAGUCUUCAUCAAUGGCUUCACUUGCAAGAAUCCAGCCAACGUUAGUGCUUCGGAUUUCAAGACCUCAAAUCUGAACCAAAUCGGCAAUACAGACAACUUUUAUCAUUCCUCAGUGACCAUUGUCACUGCUGCAGAUUUUCCAGGCCUGAAUACACUUGGCCUCUCAAUUGCUAGAACUGACCUAGACGUGGAUGGUCUGGUUUUGGCCCAUUCCCACCCAAGAGCUUCUGAGAUGCUAUUUGUCAACAAAGGCGUUGUUAUUGUCGGAUUUAUCGACUCUGGAAGCAAACUGUUCCAAAAACUUCUUAAAGAAGGUGAUGUAUUUGUGUUUCCCCGGGGCCUGCUCCACUUUUGCUUCAAUGUUGGAUUUGAUUUCGCUACUAUGUUCUCAGUGUUUAAUAGCCAGAAUCCAGGGAUGGUGAGCAUUGCUGAUGCCACGUUCGAGCAACUUGAUUCAGAUUUAAAAGAUAAGCUAGUGAGGCGACUAAUCCCUCUUCCUGGAUCCAAAGGUUAACCGAAUUGAAAAUGCGACUUUGGUUGAAUUUUCGACUCUAUACUAUACAUAUAUAUAUAUAUAUAUAUAUAUUCAAUUUCAAAAAUACUAUCUUCGUAAGUUUUUGUAAGUUUGUGCUUAGCAAAAAAAUAAAUCGAUCGCUAAUAUAAGUGUUUGUUGGUACUUGCAUGAA